CCCUUUCUAUAGAGAGUGGUAACAGAUAUUUGCAUGCUACGGCAAAAAAAAAAGCUUCACAACGUGGUAGACAAUUAUCAUGUGUUUCAGUCAUAGGAUUGGAAUUAGGUAUAUCAGGCUGUUGAUUAUGUAAAAGCCAAUCAUGAAUGAUUAAAUAAAAAUUAAUUCACACCAACUGUUCUGAUAAGAGAGCAGCCAUUAUCUAGAUAGGUCAGCCUAUGUUAAAGCAAGAACUUUUAUGACAUUAUUCUGCAGACACUGAGCUGGAAAUAAAUCCCGAAGGCCACUGCCGUGUUAAAAUUCGUUUGGCGGGAAGUUGAGAAAAAUAGUGCAAGUGGAAGACUCAAGACAGGGCAAGUUUCAGAGUUUGAGUCAACCAUAACGUUGCCUAGCUAGCUGGGUUGCUAACUUCAUAAACAUGGCCUUUGAACAGCGCUUGCGGACGGUUAAUCAGGAAGCUCAACUUAUACCCAGUGUAGUCGACACUGAGCAACAGUCUCUGGUUGUUGUAAAGAAAUUACUGGCCAUCGCAGUGUCUACCAUCACAUACCUUAGAGGCCUCUUUCCAGAGAAGGCUUAUGGCAGCAAAUACGUGGAAGAACAGAAGGUGAUGAUACUGAGGGAUGAGCGCAGCUGCCCAGGCGCUAAACAAAUAGUUCAGUGGAUGCAUGGGUGCUUUGAUGCUCUUCAGAAAAAAUAUCUUCGCAUGGUUCGUCUGUCUAUUUACACUGAUCCAGAGGAUCCACAGAAAGUCACAGAGUGCUACCAGUUUAAAAUCCAGUAUACUGAAAAGGGUCCUCUGAUAGAUUUUGAAAGUAACAGCAAUAAGAAAGUGUCAAAGAUGUCAUGCAACAACACAAAGAAAGCCAGUAUCCUUCUGGUGCGCAAGCUCUACACUCUGAUGCAGUACCUGGGACCCCUACCUGACAGUGUCUGCCUCAGCAUGACCCUCACCUACUAUGACGACGUCACCCCGGAGGAGUACCAACCCCCUGGGUUCAAGGAGGGCGACAGUGAUAGCAUAACGUUUGAGAAGGAGCAGGUGAAGCUGACCAUGGGCGAGGUAGUCACCCCCUUCCACACGCUCAAGGUGGACGUGACCACGGAGAGGGAGCGCUUGGAGCAGAUAGAUGAUGGUGAGGCCCAAUGCGUCAGAGACAGACCGGGAGUGAAGAUGACAGAGGAGGAGGAGGAGAUUUUGAACAUCACCACCACUGCUCAGCAGAGUAACAUGCUGAAUGACCCAGAAAUGCCUGAUAAUGAAAUAACCAUUGAGAGUUCAGUAAUGGUCUCUCACCAAAGGAGAAUGAAGCAAUGUGAGGAGAAACUCGACAACUCUCUGGCUUCUCAGAUGGAGUCUGUGACGAAGAAUACAGCUGAGCUGGAGGUAGCCACAAGGAGGACCAGAAGUGGCCGCAUCAUAAAACCCUCAAUGGAGGAAGUGGCAGGUACCGUUGAGCCACCCAAGAAAAAAAGGCAAACUAAAUCCCCAAAAAAUAAAGAUCUGUCCCAGAUGGACUUCCCUCUGAGUCAAGACCCUCAGCCAAGCCACCCUAAAAAAAGGAAAUAUAGCGAACCCAAAGAGUGCUACUAAGACACCUCAAAGGGGAAAGGGCACAUUGGUAAUGUUUUUGUCAAACGAUGUUUGCCCUUUUAGAGGUAAAACACAGUGUCCAGUGUCUGUAAAUGAUUUUUGAUUUUUGGCAGAACCAGUUUACUUUUCAUCAUACAAUGUAAAGAAGACUGAGCUAUGAAUUCCUGUUUAGAUAUUUGUUGAAUGCUUGAAAUUUUUACUGCUCUGUUAUAUCUUUUAAACUUAAAAAGAAGCAUGUUCUUCAAUCUUCAUAUAUAAACUUGAAGAUGUGGGUAUGUACAUAUUUGUAGCAUUUCAGGAAUAUGUGACAUGUUCUUGUAUCAUUUUAAAUAACAGAUUGGUUGUAUUAUUUAUUUAUUUGUUCUCUGUGGCAUAGUUGAAGUGUUUAAUAAACUAAAACCUUAGAUGUCUUUCUGCCUGUCAUGUUAAGGUGUAUAAGCUUGCGUCCACUAGAGGGAGCUAUUCUCACAGAUCAUAGCAGUGUGAUUUGCUGUGUCUAUUGUUCAUUUAUUGUGUGUAACAGUGCCACAGAAGAUGUAUAUGUCCACCAAGUCAGAUUACUUGGGAGAAAUAAAAAUGGUAUAUUAUA